CAGUUAACUUGCCUGUAGACUUUGGCAGACGGUUAUGUAAACAAUAGUAAACAACAUUCCAACAACGUGUUGCCUCGUUUAGACGCCGCGGCUAAUAAAUAGCCUCACCUGAUCAAAGGUGAAAGUUCAACUAGCUAAAGUUUUUAAUUUUAACAAGGACACAAAAAUGGACCCACAACACCCCAUGGGACAGUAUGCCUACUCAUAUGGUAAUGUUUGGCCGGAGUAUCAGUGGUCUCCAGAACAGCUACCUGUGACCAGUCAUCAGCCUAGACAGGACGACUUGAAGUACCGUGUUCGAAUUAUUAACCAAAAGUUAAAGAAGGACUCGAUUGUAGUUGAUUGGCAUGGUAUCUCUAACAAGUUUUCAUCGAUACUUGAACUGAAACAAAAGCUUAUCAGUACUCUCAGUAAGUAUGUCCCUCCUGCAUCUGCAAUAGAUGAGUUUAAUGUUGGGUACUUCCAUGGACGUCCUCAAGUAAAGAGCUGGAUUUUAUCGGAAGAAGAUUUAAAAGCCAUGUACACAAAUGCUGGUGACAAAGAGAUCUUGCUGUGGUGUGAUGGACAAGUGCAGGUUACAUCAACUUUUGGUCGUAAGCGAAAACAAGACGAUGCUGAAACGGAGAGUGUGCCUAAACGUGCUGCUAGCAGUGCUUCUGGAGAAGAAGCAGAGCUUCAAGAACACGUUCAUGAAUUACAAAACAUUCAUGGAGACAAAUAUGGCUAUGGUGACUACAGAAUCUGGGCGAGAAUGAUUAAAAAUCAUCAAUGGAAAGACAAAGAUACUCCUCCAAAUAUCCCUAUGAUUAGAGGGAAAGUUUCUCGUAAAGGCAAACAUGAUGUAGUUGAUACUCUGGCUAAUGCUGCUGUUGCUAUCGUGAAAGCUUUAAGGCCAUCAUCUCCUGACGUAAACCCCAGUGUUACUGCUGCUGCAUCAUGUAGUACACUUGGGAUGUCACCUGGUAAAAAAGUACAGCUACGGUCCCAGUACCUCAAACAACUCAAGGAGAUUCAGAACCUUCGAGAUGAAAAUGUUCUAAGUAUUGAUGAGUUUCAAGCUGAAAAAUAUACUAUCUUAACGACAUUACGUGAACUUAAGUAAGGAAAUAUUAAUUAUGGAACACAAUAAAGACAUGUAUGACAUUAUAAUAAUAAUAAUGUGACAUUGUUUAAUAUCUGAUUGACUUGUUAAUUGUAAUAA